GACCAGUACGACCGUGUGAGUUAGUCAGUGUAGCGGCGACGACGGGACGGGUGGAGUAGAGGUGGUCGUGGCGGUGGAGGUGGUGGUGGGGGUGGAGAGGUGUGGCGAUCCUUGGCGGCGGCGUUGCUCGUGACGACAUAGUAACGAAACCAGUUAGCGGCAGUGGUGGCAAUGAUAGUAGGAGCGAGCGAGAGCGAGUCUGAGAGGAAAUAAGGAACCAAGAGGAACCAUAGCGCACGUGGUCUCUUCAUCUCAACGACCUUGGACUUAGUAUAAAAAGAUGUGUUACAUAGUUAUGGUGCCGGCAUAGAAACAUACCAAUUAGCGGUGCGUGGCGAGAGUAGUGGCAGUGGCAGCACGAUUACCACUAAGAACACACGUCUGAAACUUUUACCCUGGCGCAUAUGGUCUCUCCAACUGUCUCCAUGCCCUCAAAUCUCAGGGGACGUGGAGGACUUGGCCGGAGACGAGGCAGAGGGCAAGGUAGAGGCAGAGGCCGAAACAGCAAGCCGCCAUCACGACGAGCCAGCCCCGAGAUCCAGGUUGGGACUAGGCUAGCGAACACAAUCCCCAGCAACGUGGAUCCUGAAGGCCAGAAUGAGGACUCCAACGCUUUUAUGCAAUCUUACGACUUCGCCAAGGAAGAGCAGCAGAGGGAGGGUCUGGGCAAGGAGAAAACUGGGGAGAUGAACGAGGAGGAGAAGCUACAGAAAGAACAAGACGAAGAAACGCUGAGGAGGAUAGAAGAGGACUUGGACAAGAUAGAUAAAGAGCGGAAAGGAGUGAGGGGAAUAAGUUACGAGGAAUGGGAGAGAAUGAUUAAAGAGGAAGCGGAAAAUAAGAAAAGAGAGCAAGAGAAGAAGCAUGAAGAGAGAAGGAAGAAGGAAAUGGAGGACGAGGAGAGGAGGGAAAAGAAAAGGGAGGAGGAAGAGAGAAGGAAAAGAGAGCAAGCCGGAAGAAGAAACAAAAAACCAGGGAUGAGCGGACUCAAGGAGCGGCAGGUGGUGACGUGGGUGGGGCGGCGGGAGGGAGUCGGGGUGCGUCAAGUGAAGAAGUCUCUGCGGGAGCUGGUGAACGUGGCUCGCUCGGUGCUGCCCCCUGGCGGCCACCUGUACACCAUCUGUGAGCGAUACGACACCUACCAGACUGGAGGACUGUACCCGUUGCUGCACGUCAGCGAGGACAGCGCCACGGUGAGCAAGCUGAUGCACUCCGGCGCCUUCCUCGACACCGACGCGCUGGGCCAGGACAACCCCGUGGACCAAGGUGUGUUUGAGGAGGUGGGCAGCGUGCGGCCUCCUCUGCACGCUCAGGACGCCAACGACUUCGUCCUCGUUGUCUCCGCCUUCAAGAGCAUCGAGGUGGAGCCCAACCCAACGCUCAUUAAGGAGUGGAAGGCGUGGACAGGGGCUCGGGCCUUCCUGCAAGACAUCAUGAUGGCGGGGCUACAGUGCCUCAGGAUUAGGUUCCUGGUGAAGGCGGCGCCGCUAGAGGACCCUGGAGGCUUCACCUACAUCCUGAUGACCGAGGUGGCCAUCAACAAGCCGAGCGACGAGGGCAGCAUCGUGGACCUGGUGCAGAGGUUCCGCGUGGAGCGCUGGUCGGGCUACAACACCAUCUACCGGCGCUAACUGUAACCAGCCUCCCCUGUUGCUCCCGGCCACCCGCCCGCUACCUACUCAUAUUUAUUCUGAUGUGUGGUUAAUAAGGAGACUUUUAUUUCAUUCCAUAUUCUCUGCAAUGGUGAGUGUAUUUAUCCCGGUGUGUGGUCAAUAAGGAGACUGAUGGUAGUACAUAUGUAGUAAUGGGACUUUUACGUAGUCGUCGUGUCAUUCUGUUGUAAUUACGAAGCCGUUCAUUGUUUCGGAACACGAGUCUCACUUCUUUCUCUUCGUCCUCGUUGCCGCCCAGGCCGCCACAUGUACUCAUACUUGUUUCUGCGUUACUUCCUGUUCUGAAGUAUGUAUUUGUCGUAUUAUAAAGUUUAAGGCAACUGUGAUGAAAUGCAACGAGUAAGUAUUAUUAGUUCGGUGGUUCGAAGCCUCUUUGUAUUGUGUCCUGCCACUGCUAGGUGGCGCAGCGGUCGCCUGUGUGGCUGUGAGAAGGUGCGGUAGUAUUCUGCUGACUGAAGUGAAAUUAACUCGGUGAGUUGUAUUAACUCACCUUUUCUUCUGCGACAGAAGAAAACUGGACCUGGCAGCCCCUUGUGUGUCUGGCUCGUCAGCGAUACAAAACUCAACCACGCUCGUCAAGGAAACUGGUGAGAAAAACUGCCUGACUACCACACUCGCCCAGUGAUCGUGUGACAAGGCCUGUACCCACGCCACAGCACCUCGUCAACUGGUCCUGGUGACUCUACAGCCUUACCUUCCCCGUGACACAACACAAUACUCGGGGACUCACUAAGCGUCCCUCAACCGUCCUUGCCCUCAGAGUGCGUGGCGCCUCACCUGUGCGGUCUGAGUGGCGGAGCAUGAAGGAUAUUAUCUUAGCGGGCAUCAACAUUACACGGUUUUGUGAAGUUUACAGUAUUGUUUGAAAUCUUGCGUGUUUCCAUAGUGUGUACAUUGCAUUAAAAGUAGUUUGUGGUAAUGUUUAAAAUUGUUUCCAAAAGUAGCAACGUGAUGUUUCAAAAGUACAUAAUAGAUUCCAGAGUACAGCCAAAGAACAUUAUUGCUCAGGCGUUCGUCUCUCGGCCAGGCAGUGCUGAUGUGACGUGACGUGACGUGAUGGCGGGACGAGGCGCGGAGUGUGGGGUAGCUAGAAGAGGGAGAGAACCAGAGGCAGUUCAGGCAGCCGGUUCUAUGAGGCAUGUAUCAUGUAAUGAUGCUCUGCACACAGUAUUUUCUCAGUAAAAAGAGGCAACGUUCAUUCGUGACCCUAAUGGGCGCCGUAUGAUUUCAUUGUUGCGGUGUCAUAACUUUAGCUCGACUUAACAAUUGUCUGGUAACGUUCCUAACCAAAAGCCUCACCAACUGGCAUUACCAACAUCUAGAUUCCACUUCACAGUCGUUGUUUUUGUGGUGGUGGUGAUCACAAAACGAAGGUCCCUGAUUCCAUAAUGUUGGCACUGAUUUGGUGGUGGUGGUAGUGGAGAUCGCCACUCUUGGUAACGAUCACAACAUUAGGAAAAGACCGUGAAAUCGGGUCUUUAAUUUACAUUUACCGUCACUACUACCCAACAUGACCCGCCACACGAAACAAUUAGCAGCAGCAGAAGCAAUGCGUGAAGUCUUUAUAAGCAUCUACAAUAAAGUUACGGGUGAAAAAGAAUACAUUUUGCAGUUUCUUCCCAGUUCAAAAAUUGGGUGUAGAACAAGUAAAGAUGUCUCAUAGUGAUUGGUGAUUAGAGAAAGGUGUACCAAGUGACAGUGAAUGGGUUAAGCUUUUAAGACGAGUGGUCGACUGCUGCUUCCCGCUCACUCGUCUCGGUACGCCAAGGUUCGAGCGCCUGGCCAAGUGCGUCUAGCAAAAUGUUCCUCCGCUGCACACCACACACGUACGAGUAGUUCCAAAGCACAGGACUGUUUCCAAAGAACCACAAAUGUUUCCAGUAUUAAACAAAUUGUAAUCGUUACUCAGCAAUAAAGUGUUUUUAAUAU